AUGGAGACACUUGAGGACUUAUGGAAGCUUGACAAAAUCGAAUUAACUCAACCAGUGAAGAAAAUUGAGGACAAAUGGAAAUUGCUUCCAGCAUUUUUGAAAGUGAAAGGAUUGGUGAAACAACAUAUAGAUUCCUUCAAUUACUUCAUUAAUGUAGAGAUUAAGAAAAUCAUGAAGGCCAAUGAUAAAGUUGUUAGUGAUGUUGACUUGAAUUUUUAUCUGAAAUACCUAAAUAUAUAUGUUGGAAUGCCUGAUGUUGAAGAAGGAUUCAAUAUAACUAAACCAGUUUCUCCACAAGAAUGCCGUCUGCGUGACAUGACAUAUUCUGCUCCCAUUACUGUUGAUAUUGAAUAUACAAGAGGACAACAAAGAAUUAUUCGAAAUAAUCUGCCAAUAGGAAGAAUGCCAAUCAUGUUGAGAAGUUCUAAUUGUGUAUUGACUGGAAAGAGUCCAUCAGAGCUGGCCAAGUUGAAAGAAUGUCCAAUGGACCCAGGAGGGUACUUUAUUGUGAAGGGAACAGAGAAAGUGAUUCUCAUCCAAGAACAAAUGUCUAAGAAUCGAAUGAUUGUAGACAUUGACAAAAAGGGUUAUAUAGAAUGUUCCGUAACAAGUUCCACCCAUGAGAGGAAAAGUAAGACAUAUGUUAUAACCAAACAGAGUAGAUAUUACCUGAAACAUAAUAUUUUUACUGAGGACAUUCCUGUUGCUAUAGCCUUCAAAGGUAUGGGUAUUGAAUGUGACCAAGAAAUUAUCCAGAUGAUUGGUUGUGAAGAAGAGGUUUUAGCAUCGAUUGCUCCUUGUAUGGAGGAAUGCCACAAAGCUCAAGUCUACACAUGUAACCAGGCAUUAAGGUACAUCGGAAGUAAAGUGCGGGUCCGCAGAAUGUGGAAUGAACCAAAGAAAAGCAAACUGGAAGAAGCUAGAGAUAUUUUACAUGGUGUGAUUCUUGCUCAUGUUCCUGUAGUCCAGUGGAAUUUUAAAGUGAAGGCAGCAUACCUUGCCCUGAUGGUGAGGCGGGUGAUUAUGACUCAGGGAGACAGUAUUAAGAUGGAUGAUCGUGAUUAUUAUGGGAAUAAACGGUUAGAAAUGGCCGGGCAGUUGCUGUCUUUGCUUUUUGAAGAUCUUUUCAAGAAAUUCAACAGUGAGUUGAAAAGAAUUGCCGAUAUGACCAUCCCUAAACAGAGAGCCACUCAGUUUGAUAUUGUGAAACACAUGAGACAAGAUCAAAUCACAAAUGGUUUGGUCAACGCCAUAUCAACUGGGAAUUGGUCAAUUAAAAGAUUCAAGAUGGAUCGAGGUGGCAUGACUCAAGUACUUUGUCGUCUUUCUUACAUAUCAGCCCUUGGUCACAUGACUAGGAUCACAAGUCAGUUUGAAAAAACUCGCAAAGUUAGUGGUCCACGUUCAUUACAACCUUCUCAAUGGGGAAUGCUUUGUCCGUCUGAUACACCAGAAGGAGAGUCCUGUGGAUUGGUGAAAAAUCUUGCUCUUAUGACUCAUGUGACAACAGAUUUAAAUGAAGCACCGAUAAUACGACUUGCCUUCAAUCUUGGAGUUGAAGACAUCCAGCUUCUCAGCGGGGAAGAAAUGUCCAGUGAUUUAGUGUAUCUCGUUUUUCUAAAUGGUAACAUUCUUGGUGUUAUUCGUGAUUACCGUCGUCUCAUUAACACAUUCCGUCUCAUGAGACGAGCAGGUUACAUCAGUGAGUUUGUUUCGGUCUAUCCCAACCAUAAACACAGGUGUGUCUAUAUUGCAACAGAUGGUGGAAGAUUGUGCAGACCUUACAUCAUUGUCAAGAAAAGCAUCCCUCUGGUUACCAAUAAACAUAUUGAAGAACUUUCUCAAGGAUUUCGGAGUUUUGAAGAUUUCCUGAAAGAAGGUCUUGUGGAAUAUCUUGAUGUGAACGAAGAAAAUGAUUGUAUGAUUGCGUUAAAUGAAGGCCACAUCAAAGAAGAAACAACCCACUUAGAAAUUGAGCCGUUCACCAUAUUAGGGGUCUGUGCUGGUUUGAUACCCUAUCCUCAUCAUAAUCAGUCCCCAAGGAACACCUACCAAUGUGCUAUGGGAAAACAGGCAAUGGGAACAAUUGGUUAUAAUCAAAGAAACAGGAUCGAUACACUCCUCUACCUGCUCUGCUAUCCGCAGGCACCACUUGUUAAAUCAAAGACAAUUGAGCUGAUCAACUUUGACAAGAUUCCUGCUGGGCAGAAUGCGAUUGUGGCUGUUAUGAGUUACAGUGGUUAUGAUAUAGAAGAUGCUCUGGUCUUAAAUAAAGCAUCUUUAGAUCGAGGUUUUGGACGGUGUUUAGUUUAUCGUAAACAAAGUUGCACCUUAAAAAGAUAUGCUAACCAAACAUUUGAAAAGGUCAUGGGGCCACUCCUGGACGCCACAACUCGCAAACCUAUCUGGAGACAUGAAGCCCUAGAUUCUGAUGGAAUUGCUUCUCCUGGGGAAAUGGUUUCCAACAAACAAGUAAUGGUGAAUAAAUAUAUGCCAACAGUUACUAUGAAUACCUUACAAACAGCCCCAGGCCAACCUCCACAACAACCAGAGUACCGAGAUGUACCGAUUAUGUAUCGAGGCCCAGUGCCGUCUUAUGUGGAAAAGGUGAUGAUCACAUCAAACAUGGAAGAAUCAUUUUUAAUUAAGUUACUACUACGACAGACCAGACGCCCUGAACUUGGGGACAAAUUUAGUAGUCGCCAUGGGCAGAAAGGUGUUUGCGGUUUGAUUGUACCCCAAGAAGACAUGCCAUUCACAGAUCAGGGUAUUUGUCCAGAUAUUAUAAUGAACCCUCAUGGCUAUCCGUCCCGUAUGACUGUUGGCAAACUGAUGGAACUGUUGGGUGGAAAAGCUGGAGUCUUAGAUGGGAAAUUUCAUUAUGGAACUGCAUUUGGUGGUGAUAAAGUGGUGAACUUGUCUGAGGAUCUCAUCAGACAUGGCUUCAAUUACCUUGGAAAGGAUUUUGUAACUUCAGGAAUCACUGGCGAAGCCAUGUCUGCUUACAUCUACUUUGGGCCAAUUUACUAUCAAAAGCUAAAGCAUAUGGUCCUGGACAAAAUGCAUGCCCGUGCGAAGGGGCCCCGUGCAGUGUUAACCCGACAACCAACAGAGGGACGAUCAAGAGAAGGAGGCCUUCGAUUGGGUGAAAUGGAGAGAGAUUGUUUGAUUGGUUAUGGUGCUAGCAUGCUUCUUCUCGAAAGACUCAUGAUCUCCAGUGAUGCCUUUCAUGUGGACAUUUGCGGAAACUGUGGUCUCAUAGGAUAUUCUGGAUGGUGCCAGUAUUGCAAAUCCUCCAAGAAUGUUUCCACACUUCUCAUGCCAUAUGCCUGUAAACUACUGUUUCAAGAACUCCAGUCAAUGAACAUUAUUCCAAGACUUUCUCUAAAGAAGUACAAUGAAUUAUGAAGAGUCAAUGAGUCGUGCAGUUAAGAUCAAGGAGUUGAUGAGUCAAGAGUGAAAUGGUUUCUGUUUUUAAUGGCAUUUUGUUAUGACAAUAUUUGAUUAAAGUGGACACAUACUACACACACAUAAACACAUAUAUGAUUAUAUAAUCAUACACAAACACAAUCAUACACACACACAAUGUACACAUACACAAGUAACUCACUAGUAUGUUUAUACAUCAUUAUUGUUGAUAAUGAU